UGGAGAUUUUCAGAGGCCCCCACCCUCCCUGCUAGUGUGUGUAGUUCCCUGAAUGGGAGACUGAGACCAGCUGGACAAGUCCAAACACCUCUGUCCUGUUUCCUGUUGAGACCUCACCUCCCAGAUCCAGCCCCAGCCCCCUCCAAUCUCUGGACUCUCUCCUUGCCCUGUCCCCCGCUUCUAUAAUGGGACGAUCCCUGAUAUCAGGAGAUUCAGGCAGCCGGGCAAAGGAAGGUGACUAGGAGUGGAACGUCAUCAUGGAGACCCCUCUAGAGAAGGCCCUGACCACUAUGGUCACCACUUUCCACAAAUACUCCGGGAGAGAGGGCAGCAAACUGACCCUGAGCAGGAAGGAACUAAAGGAGCUGAUCAAGAAGGAGCUGUGUCUUGGGGAGAAGAUGCAGGAGGGCAGCAUUGAUAACCUGAUGAAGAGCCUGGACAAAAACAGCGACCAGGAGAUCGACUUCAAGGAGUACUCGGUACUCCUCACGACGCUGUGCAUGACCUACAACGACUUUUUCCUGGAGGACCACAAGUGACCGGCCUGCCCGGCCUGGCCUCUGCAGCUCCUCGCAGACCCUCUGGGGCCCUGUACCGUCCUCUGCCUCCCAGGUGGACUGGGUGUCAGCCUUCCCUUCCAGCAGAGGAAAUAAAGAUU